AGUUGGGGAGUUCAUGUUCAAGCAGAGACUGAACAUAGCUUUCCUUUGUUUUGUUGGGGAAUUCAUAUUUCACUAUGGUUGGACCCUUUUUCUGAUCAGAAGAAUAAAGAGAACAACAUCUACACAAGCAAUGGCUUAUUCCAGCAAUAUCCUGUCUGAAGAACAAUUCCAAUGCUCUAUCUGUCUCGAUGUGUUUACUGACCCUGUCUCCACACCAUGUGGACACAACUUUUGCAUGGCCUGUAUCAGAGGAUACUGGGAUAGUACUGACCUGUGCCAGUGUCCAAUGUGUAAGGAAACAUUCGACAGAAGACCUGAGCUUCGUGUCAAUACUUUUAUUUCUGAAAUGGCUGCUCAGGUCAAGAAGUUAGCUCCAGUUGAAGUCACACCCAUCACCACAGGACAACCUAUGGCCAAACCUGGAGAAGUGCUCUGUGAUGUCUGCACUGACAGAAAGCUCAAGGCCCUGAAGUCCUGCCUGAUGUGUCUUGUCUCAUACUGUGAGACUCACCUGGAGCCUCAUCAGAGAAUUGCAGCCUUGAUGAAACACAAGCUAAUCAACCCUUUGGAGAACCUGGAAGACAGGGUGUGUGCGAAGCACGAGAGACCCCUGGAGCUGUUCUGUCGGAGUGAUCAAAAGUAUGUAUGUCAGAUCUGCACUGAAACAGACCACAAGACCCACAACACUGUCCCUAUGGAGGAAGAGUGUGGAGAGAGGAAGGCUCACCUGUGGAAGACCAAGGGUAAAGCACAGCAGAUGAUCCAUGAGCGAGUGCAGAAGGUUAAGGAGAUGCAACACUCAGUAGAGCACAGCAAGAAAGAAACAGAGAAAGAGAUAGUGGGCAGUGUGGAGGUCUUCACUGCACUGGUACGAUUCAUUGAGAGAAGCCAGGCUGAGCUAAUUGAGGUCAUUGAGGAGAAGCAGAGAGCAGCAGAGAGGCAGGCUGAAGGCCUCAUUAAAGAGCUGGAGCAGGAAAUCACUGAGCUACAGAGGAGAUGCACUGAGCUGGAGCAGCUCUCACACACUGAGGACCACCUCCACCUCCUCCAGAGCUCCCCAUCUCUCUGCACCCUUCCAUCCACUAAGGACUGGACUGAGAUCAGUGUGCACAGCAGUCUGUGUGUGGGGACUGUGAUGAGAGCUGUUUCUCAUAUGGAGAAGGCACUUACUAAAGAGAUGGAGAAGUUGCCUGAAAUCAAACUAAAGAGGAUAGAACAGUAUGCAGUGGAUGUGACACUGGAUCCUGGUACAGCUAAUCCCUUUCUCAUCAUAUCUGAAGACAGAAAACAAGUGAGGUAUGACGACAUAAUCCAGGAUCUGCCUACAAACCCAGAGAGAUUUGAUCCUGCUGUAUGUAUCAUGGGAAAGGAGGGUUUUUCCUCAGGAAGAUCCUACUAUGAGGUCCAGGUGGAAGGGAAGACCCGCUGGGCUUUAGGAUUGGCCAGAGAGUCCAUCAACAGGAAGGGGAGUAUUACACUAAAUCUAAUAAAUGGAUUCUACACUGUAAGGCUGAGGAGGGAUGAGUAUGUGGCUAACGCAGAACACAGUGUACCUCUCUCACUGAACGAGAAGCCCCGGAAAGUGGGGGUGUAUGUGGAUUAUGAGGAGGGGGAUGUCAGUUUUUACAAUGUGGAGGCCAGGUCUCAUAUCUACUCUUUCACUGGCUGCACCUUCACUGAGAGGCUCUACCCAUUUUUCUUUGCAGGUGAUAAUAAUGGGGGUAAAAACACAGCACCAAUUAUCAUCUGUCCUGUUAAGUCCCUCAGCUUAGUUUGACAUCACAUGGGUUUUUGCAAUGUGAGGCUCUAAAUCACAAUAAAAGUGUAAAUAUUCAACAUUCCAAUUAUACUAAGAGAAAAGGGCAAUGUCUAAGUUAAGUUACAUCACUGUAUCCUCCAUAAUAAUCACAAUCAAGGAAGCUGUUGCACAUGCAGUCUUUCAUAGAGAUGUUGUGUUCUGGAGUAUAUGUAGAACAUUCCUUAACCACCAGGGAGCGCUGUUGAGACAUACUGCUCUCACUGCCGACAUCUGCUGGAGAAAAAAAGGACUGACAACGAAAUGGAUAACACAUGUUUUGCCUCCAUACUCAUUAUUACAUUAAAAUAAUAAUAAAGAUGGAAAGAUCAAGUC